AGAAGUCUAGGAUUGUCAAUUAAUUAGCUUCAUAAUAACAUCUAAACUUCCUGUUCACUUCAAAGACUUAAAUAUGAAGAUUCCUUCAACGGAAGAUAUAAAAGCAAUUUUUAAACGACUUCGUUCCGUGAAAACAAACAAGACGUGUUUUGACUGCGCAGCGAAGAAUCCAACCUGGGCCAGCAUUACUUACGGUGUUUUUCUAUGUAUUGACUGCUCAGGUGUUCACAGAUCUCUUGGUGUACAUCUAACUUUCAUAAGGUCUGUUGAGUUGGAUCAAAAAUGGACGUGGGACCAACUACGUUCAAUGCAAGUUGGUGGAAAUGCGGCAGCAAGAGCAUUUUUUCGCUCUCAUGGUUGUAACGUGGUAUCAGACGAUAUACAGGCUAAAUACAACAGCAGAGCAGCUGUUUUAUAUAGAGGAAAAAUUGAAAGUCUGUCUGCUGAAGCUCUGAAGAAAUAUGACGCAUCGGUUCUUCAUUUGCCUUCUAAUAUUGAAGAUACUUCUGCAAAGAAAGUCUCCACAGCAGAAGAGGACUUUUUCAGCAAAUAUACUGGAGGAGCAGUUACUCCCACUCAGAGCCUGAGUAAAGCAACUAAAAGAUCAAACUCCCCUUCCCAGGGAAUGAAGACCGUGUCCUCUUCACCUGCUCUUCUUUUAGUAGAUCAAUCAGAUGAACAGGCCAAUGGAACUGGUUCACUGUCCAGCAAAGAACAAGUAUUUUUUGAUAAGUUUACUGCACAGAAACCACUGGCUCCUUCACCAAAACUUAACAAACAAGUGAAAAAAACAACCCUUAAAUCAGGAGGGCCUAGUAUAGAUAAAGCUCUUUCCGCAUGGAACCAGCCAACGACAGAAGACCAAAAACUAUCUGACACCAAAACCACCUCAUUAAGUGACAAGAAAUCUAAAGAAGAUGACUUUUUCAAAUCUUUCACCAAUUCUGAACCCACCCCAACUUUAACCCAAGCUAAUGGGAAUUCCCCAGGCCCCGCUACACCCCCAAAUGAAAACAGCAGCUCCCCUGCAUCAGAUGAAUGGCCAGAUUUAGAGGAUGAUGGUGAAGAAAAGACAGAGAAAGAAACACCGGCUCCAAAGCCCCAGGCGGCACCUAAAGUCAUUCUCGCUGCACCAACCCUAAGCUCGCUGUCUAGCACAAAGUCGUCGAGUAUUAUAACCAAGAAGAAGAAAGCAGGAGCAAGUAAGAAGGGUGGAUUUGGAGCACAAAAAGUGAAGACCAACUUUGAUCAUCUGGAAGCCCAUGCAAAGAAGACGGAAGCCGAAUCGAAGUCCUUUCCCUCCCGGACUCCUGCAGAGGAGCCUAUCUCUUCAAGACUAACAUUAUCUGCUGCUCUUACAAAUGAAAAGAAGACCAAACACAGUGGGCAAAAAGGUGUCGUAAGUGAGAGGUUAGGAAUGGCUGGUGGUGGAAACAGGACCAAUGUCUCACAUUCUGCCUCUAUACAAACCAUAGAGCAAGUUGACCCAAAUGGUCGCAAAGAUCGACAUUUUCGUAACGGACGUCGCAAAAAUCGCUACUUGGACGACGACUUUGACAGCGAUAGCGAUGGAAAUGAUGAUUUUGUUGUUGUUAAAAAGUCACCCUCGUACCUCCAUGACUAUGAAAGCAGUAGUGUAGAUCGAAUGUCUUUCGGCAAAAAAUCUCAAAAUGAUUUUGCACCGCCGUCUUAUACUCAAAGUACAAGGAAAGCUCCAGUGUUUCCUGAAAGUGAAAUGAGUGCUGAUAUGAAAGAGAAGUUACGUGGAGCUAAAGCAAUAUCAUCGGAAAUGUUACAUGGCAGCACUACAGACAGUGAUUACUACAACACUGUGUCAUGGAGCAGUGAUCGCCCUCAGGCUCGUGCACGAUUAACAAAAUUUGAAGGCCAAUCCAGCAUCAGUAGUAGUGACUUUUUUGAUGAAAACAGCGGUUCCAACCAACGACGUUUGACUUCAAGUCCACAGUCGGUACUUUCAGCUGACAUGACGCAACUAAAGGAGGGUGUUCGUAACAUGGCUGGUCGUUUGUCUUCGAUGGCAAAUGAUGUCUACAAUGCUAUACCUAUUAACAGAUAGUCAAAUUAUGCUCAAAACGCAAACAAAAUCAUCAUAUAGUAUCAGAUGGCCACACCUGUACAGCUAUAUUUAUUUACUGAUGCCGUUUCUACCAGUUUAAACUAGCUAAAACUGGUUCUGACCAGUUUGUUUUACGUUUCCUCACCUGUCAGAUUUUACUUGUUUUUAUUUAUUUUUCUUGGAAAAUGUAAUCGGUAAGGGAAUAGCACUUGUUAUAUUAUGUGCAAUGUACAGAACUAUAGGUGACAGUUUCAUUUGGAAUCAUGUUGCAUUCCGGUAUCAUAGAAAUACGAUGCAUUUUUAAAAGUUCUGUAUUUUUUCAGACAGAUUCUUAUGAAAAUGUGCUUUUAUUGUUAAAACCUAAACCCCGAUUUAUUUAAAGAAUUUUUGAUGUGUGUGUUAACUAAAAAUAGAAUUUUCUUGGGUAAAAUUAAUUGUCUAAAACAGCCUCAGUAACCUUAAUUGUAAAUCCCUAAUAUAUUAUACUACUAUGAUAUGUACUUCUAACUUUAACAACAUUUCCUGCUAAAACUGAUAAUUGUACAUAGCACAGUAAACUGUGAAUGAAAAAUGUUGCCAUUUUAGAAUUUUUAGCCAGCAUCCUUUAUCGCCACUCUGUUUAUGUCAAUGCUAGUCAAUUGUUUGUUUUUUUGUCCCGCCCCUGCAUUUUAGGGUUGCCAACCCCACUUACUAACCAAUAAUGAAAAAAUGUGUUUUGAAAAUAUCAGUGUUUUGGCAGUCUUAAAAAGAAGUACUUUUGCUGGAACAAAAAAUGUUAAUUUAACAACAAAAAAAAAGCAAACUAAAAUAAGAACACUUGGAAUUUUUUCCUGAAUCCAAUAAUGUACUUCAUUUCUGACAGCCAAAAAUAUACCGACGACCGCACUGUUCUAUUUUCCCGUCCUGGUCGGCGCCUUUUUGUUGGUAAUUCUCUGCAUAUUUUAUUCGCGACUGUACAUAGCAUGCGUGGGUGCUUCCCUGUAUAAAUGUAGACGUAAUUGUAGGACAUGCGAUUAUGGGGUGUGCCAUUUUGAUCUUUUUUGACGUAUUAGUGUAUUAUUUCGCGGAAAACCGAUCGGUUUUGAAAUGGUUUUAUUGUACAAGUGGGGAAAUAAAGAUAUCAAGGUCAAA